AUGUCGUCGUGGUUGCUGAGUGUUGCACUGCUGCUAUUAGCACAAGAAUGCGUCUCUUGGACUGCGGCGGUGUACGAUGUAAAGGAAGAUUUCGUUGCCGGCUUGUCUCACGAAGACUACGUGCGUCUGCGCGACUGUCCGUGUCCAAGUAGCAGCAGCGACAAGCUCAAUUCCUCGUCGUUGUGUCUCCCAGUGGACUUUGCUGGUAAGACGUCUCGGAAGGAGGUUUUUGCCUUCUCCGUGACAAAAGAUGACCGCUGGAAACACUACGAUUGGGAUCAGCUCACAACCGUGGCUUGGAAUGAGGACAAGCAACUACUUUGUCAUGCACACAGUAAAGGUGUUAAAGUGGUGCAGAAGCAUAAUUUUGACAAUGUGGAUCAAUUGUGCAAUCGUACAGCAAGACAAGAUUGGAUUAUGGUAGGUAAGACAAAGGAUGCCAAGCUUUACAUGCUGCUUUGUGUCGAACUGGCAGCGUACUCUAAGAUUGUGGAGAAUUACGCUGACGGGGUGAACAUUGACACCGAGAAGCCCUUGCACGGGGCCAGCUCGCAAUGUCUUGGGAUGCUCGUGCAUGAGCUUCGCCAUGAGCUAAUGCGGCACGCACUCACGAAGAAUGCACAGAUCACGUUUGACGUUCCUUGGGCCCCUCGUGGUGUCGAUGGUCGCUAUUACCCAUGGCGCGAGCUCAGUAUCGCCGCGGAUUUUCUAUUCGUCAUGUCGUACGACAUGCGUAGUCAAGUGUACGAUGCGUGCAUUGCUGGUGCCAAUUCACCGUUGGCGCUCGUGAAGCAAGGACUGCAAGAGUUUCUGUUCGCGCACGACGUCGCGCCAGAGAAGCUGGUGCUCGGAGUACCGUGGUACGGCUAUCGUUACCAGUGCUUGGAGCGGGAAGGUGAGGCAAUUGACGACGCCUCGUCGUGCCAGAUCCGACCAGUGCCCUUCUUCGGUGCCCCUUGCAGUGACGCGGCCGGUGGACAAAUCGACUACGGUGAUAUCCGACGACUGGUGAAGAGCCACGGACUUGUCGAGCAAUUCGACUCUUUGACACAGACUCCAUUCGUGUCGUACUCGUUGGAGGGACGACGAUCACAGAUUUGGUUCGAUAACCCGCAUAGCUUGGAAGCCAAGUACGCACUUGUCCAUGAGCUCGGACUGCGUGGCGUGGGUAUGUGGAAUGCCGAUACAUUGGAUUACUCUGCAGCCAGUGACAGUCAACUCAUGUGGGGCUCCUUGGCAAAAGCCUUUGCGUCUAAUCUUUCUGUUGGAAAGUUGCACGGAUAA